CCUAGAACCGAAAGCGGAGGGAGAAACCCUAGAAUUUUUCGCGAAACCCCUCUCGCUACAUUCUCGAGGCCGAAAUUCUGCUGUGAGCUAUCCUCUACACAGCGUCGGCAAUUUCUCAAAGUUUAUAAUAGAUUGAAGCGUAUGGCACACAAAUUGAAGCAGUUAAGCCCCAUCCUUCCUCUUUCUUUUUCUCUCUGAAAGAUACUUCGAAUUCUCCGUUGGAGAAGAAAGAGCUCUCUCAAUCAAGCAGCAAUGGAUGUUGAUUCGCAGCCAACGAUGGAAGAAACCAUCUUGGUGGGUGAUGACCUUAUGCUUGGGCCGCCAUCGCCUCUUAUCCCCCCAGAGAUUGCGUCUCACGUGCUCGAAGGUGUCGAUACGUGUGAGAGAAUUCUGAGGAAUCUUUUCUUAUGUCUACAAAUCAAUGAUAUCGAGCCUUUUUGCCAAGAUGAGAUUGUGUUGUACAGACAGUGUGCCGAGAAAAGGGAUAAGGAGCUGAGGCGACGACUUCAAGAGAGCGAAUAUAAGCUGGGUUUAUCGAUGCCCAUGGAAGAAGCAAAGGAGAGGGCGAGACAGCUUCAAGCUUCGGUCACAUCCCUAGAGAGGCGCAUGAUUCUUGCAAGUGGAAUGGAAGGAAUGGAAGGGUUUCGCGAGCGAUGGAGUUUGCAUGGUCGUCUUGAAGAUACCAAAAAAAGGUUGGAGUCAUUGAAUCAGGGAAUGGAAAAGAGGAAAGGGGAGGAGACCCCAAAAGUUAUUCAAGCAGAUCCUGUCAAGAAGAGAUGGUUUUUUUGAUAUCAGAAGCUUGAGCUUGGAUACUAAUGCGCAGUUCGCUAAAUAUCAGGCCAAUGAGUAAAAAUGCACUUCGCCCGUGUUUUAAGCCCCUGUCCAGUUCUCUCCGCCCGCAGCGCACAUUAGCAAGUAUGACCGAGCACUUACUAUCUAACACGACAAGCUGCGGACACUUCUCUGUUCCUUUCACCUGGUCGCUGUGUAUGCUCCGUACACUGCGCUACAUGAAGCCGCAUAAAUUAGCAACAGCAUCUCUUCUCGGCUAACAUAUGCCGGCAUCCUAAGCUGUACCGGCUACAACUAACGGUCUCAGUAGCGUACUUUACCUUAUACUUCACUUGAAUGCUAACAUGCGCCGCCGUUGCAUUUUUUCCGUUUGCAGGGCUGGGCUACGGUGCGCCGGAGGAGCUUGGGUGGGCCCGGGUCAUACCCACCGAGGUGCGCAGGGAAGCGCCGCCGGUGCGCGCGGUGCG